AAUGUGCUUAACAUUUUGUUACACGUCUCUAUAAACAUAGUCUUCACACCAACCUAUACAUACUCCGAUUUAAUUAAGAGAUAAUAGUUGUUACCGUUUUUGGAUUAGCUAGCUGGGCGGUGCUAGCGUCAGUUAGCUCACCAUUUUUGACUGAUCACUAGUUUCGAUUUCCUCAGAAUACUUGUUUUGACAUUACGUUUCGGUUAUGUGUUCCGUAUCGGUGGUAGCCACAGUUCUCCAUUAAUUGUGGACACUACCAGCCGUGUUGUGGCUCAGUUAUUUUCUUUCUUUCAGGAGGUCUUUGGAGUUGAUGCUGGAGCUCAGUGAAGAUCCUACAGCAUGUUCCCCCGCAGCGCCUUACCGAGGGACCUGUCUGCCUUCCGUCACGGCCCGUACCCUCCCCCGGGCCCCCAAACCUACAAUUACAACCACGGGAGCCGGGCUGCUGUCAACUUCCAUGGUCCUGGACCACAGAGGUUUCCACCAUAUGAAUGGAAAGAGAGGCCACUUCCUCCAGCCCCUCAUCCAGUCCAUCAUCCCUACGCACCAAACAUGACCAACAGUCGCAAGAGGCAGAAUAGCGAAUACAGCCCCAAUGUUGUAAAGCGCCAACGCAUUGAGUCCCAUCCCCACCCAUCCUUAGCCUCUCCUCUACCUCGAACCCCUCCCCCCCGUCGUCCUGACCGGGCGGUGGCAGGGUCAUCGAGACCUCCUUUCGUUGGUCAAAGUCCACCUGCCCUCAUCCAUCCUCAGGGGGUAGAUGUCCCUGAGAACUUCAACAGCCUGCAGGCCUAUGCCAGGGAUGAGUUGAGCUGUCAGAUGGUGGAGAUGUUCGAGGCGUGCCAGCAGCAAGCUUCGGAUUUGGACCGGAAGGAGUUGUGCCGAACUCGGCUGCAGGACGACAUACAGGGUCAAUAUCCAGUGGCACGGCUUUACCUGACUGGAUCCUCUAUGAAUGGAUUGGGCUGCAGGAGCAGUGAUGCUGAUAUGUGUCUGAUCAUCAAAGGAAAUAAAAAACUCGAUCCUAUUAGCGUACUCAGUGUCCUCCAAAGGUUGUUCAAGUCACUACCAUAUGUGGAGAGGACUCAGCUGAUCAGAGCCAAAGUGCCGAUCCUCAGGUUCAGAGAGAGAGGCAGUGAUCUGGAGUUUGAUCUGAAUUUCAACAACACAGUGGGCAUCAGAAACACAUUCCUUCUGAGGAGUUAUGCCUUUGCUGAUCUCAGGAUAAGACCCCUGAUCCUCGUUGUCAAGAAAUGGGCCCAACAUAAUCAUAUCAAUGAUGCCAGCAAAGGAACGUUGAGCAGCUACACACUCGUGCUGUUGGUGCUGCACUACCUCCAGACUCUCAAUGAACCUGUCCUUCCCUCUCUACAGAUGGACUACCCCGACUGUUUUUUCCCCCUCAUGGACAUUGACAUGGUCCCAGAGGGGCCCAAAAACGUCCCUCCCUACAUAUCGAGCAACCAGUCCUCUCUGGGAGAGCUUCUUCUGGGCUUUCUCGGAUACUAUGCCACGGUCUUCAGUUGGGAUAGGAAGGUGAUCUCUGUUCGAGAGGCCAAAGCUUUUCCCAAGAACAACUCUCCGACAUGGAGAAACAAAUUCAUUUGUGUGGAAGAGCCGUUUGAAAGGAACAACGUGGCCAGGGCAGUCCAUGAGAAGAUCAAGUUUGACGCCAUCAAAGCGGAGUUUGCUGUGUCAUACCGGAUACUAGAGGACGUGCAGGACCUGAACUCCAUCCUCCCAGUCAGAGAAAUCAUUAAUAAGGAAUCCUCCAGGAGAUAAGGGGUUCCUCUCAUUAGACGAGCGGACAGGAGUCUUCUACCUCAAGAGAGGCCCGUCCCCGGAAAGAGAAACCCAUUUGGAUGUGCUCACAGCCAGGAAAAAAAAGUCUCUGAAUGCUCUCGCUGCCUUGAUAUGGGUUAACCACAUCAUAGGGUGUUUCCAGUGGCAGUACUUGUACUUGGAAAUACUGGGCUCACUUUCAAAUGCUUCUAUAACUUCAAAUAAUUGAAACUAAAUGUAAAAAUAUAAUAUUUCUGAAGUGACAGCAGAGGGCUCUGCACUGAAGCAGGAUAAUAAUGGUCAGUGUUAUUAAGGAUGGUUAUAGCUGCUACAUAACACUCUUUACCAACUCGAUUGGCAUUACUGGAAAGUAGUUAGGAAUAUAGAAAAAGGAUGAAAAUACUUCCUGCAAUCUGUUAGGAUCUGAAGUUUUAUUAAAUGGAUGCGGCAACGUUUUGUUUCGACUGUUCUGGACCAGGUUCAUCUCAGUUACAUUUGUAUCCACAUUGUUAGAGCCAUAGUUUUAAAGAAGGUGCCAAUCAUUUGCUUUUGCAUCAUAUGUACAGUAUGUAGUCUACUGCCGGUAUGGACCAACUUGUAAUAUCAGAACCUUUCGUUCUAUUUUUCUAGGUCAGUGGUGAAGCUAUCGUGGGUUUAAACAUCCAUAGACAUUGUUUUCUACAUCUAUCCUCGUCUUUUUCCAUAAUUCAUCAUCUUUAAGUUGCUAAAAUUAGCUUGUUUAAGUUAGUGUUAUAUUAUAAGUGACUCUGGGAAUCACUAGAGGGCUGCGGGGGGCCACACUCUGGAUGUUGACACUUCUUCAUCAUUGCUCCUGAUGAGCUGUAUUCAUUUCCCUUGAUAGACAUGCUGUGUCAUUUGAGUUCAUCUACUUGAUUUAUUUGGACAUAAAUUCAUGCUAUUCAUUCAUUAUUCUGUUCAUUCAAUGCAUAAGUUAUUUAAAGAAUCUACACUUUGACGUGACUUUUUUUUCUUCUCCAGAUUAUAUUUUCUCUUUUUGUACAUUUUGUUCAAAGCUGAACUUUUAAAUGUUUAUUAAAAAAAUGAAAUAUCUGAGGAUGA